CUUGAGUCAAUAUUGGCUUUCAUGGAUCUCUGAGCUGCAUUUAAAUGCACUUUCUUUUUAUUGUCAAACUGGAACCAUCAAAGGCACAGUGCUUCUUAUAUCUGUUACUAGCUUGAAUUUUUUUUUGUGUAGUACAGUUUUUCUCAAAUCUAAAAAAUCCUGGAAUUUCUUUUUAAAACCAUCCUUACAAAGGAGGACUUGAAACAAUCAGGAUCGUUGUAUUGAUCACGAGGCCACACUGAGUCACAUCAUCCACUACAGCCUUAAGAGGAAACCGGCACUAACACAUAUAUUUUUGGCUCUCCUACUCUUGAAACAUGGCCGAACAGCUGCAGAAGUUUGUUUCACAAAAUAAGGAUGUUGUGGAGACCGUGAUGGAAGUCUUCGAGCAGGGUGCUGAAGUGGUGGCCAGCAUUGCUGGAGAUUUGUUCCCCCUUUUCUCCAUCGCAGCUCCUCUUGUGAAGCUGGCGCUGGAUAACGUGGAAAGCAAAGAGGCGGUGUACAUGGCGGAACAGUUUCAGAAAGUACGAGGUCGCCUCGAAGCCGUUUCCGAAGAAAUCCAGGAGAUCAACGAUGAGAUCAAGAAAAGCGGGAUUGAUGUUACCUACUUCUCCGUGGAAGAGAACCUGACCCACCAGUUCCGCAAAUUUAUGGAGAUUUUCAAAGCUAAACCUGAGUUCAAGACGGUGAAAAAGGACGCCUUUAUGGAAUGCUUCAAGAAGACAGGUGGUGUCAAGAACCUCCACAAACUGUAUAAUGCUGUAACAGGGAAUAACUUCCCUGGAGAGUCUGUGCUGGAGAUCAUGCUGAAAUACGAGCAGAAUAGCCGCAGGCCGGUGGAGGAAUUCUGCGCUAUGCUCAAGCAACUGUUUUGCAUCGGAUUGAUCGCUUUACUGGGACACGCAGCCCUGGAAGGAUACGGCGAAGAGGAGAAGUUGCUUCAAGAGUGGGGUGAGAAGAUGAAAGAGGUUCAGUCUAAAAUAACCGUAGUCGUUGAAGACUGCAUCAACAGCUAUCCCACGCAGGCUGAGCUGGAAGCCAAACGCAUCGUAAGAGACCACAGCGACAAAACCAACCAGCAACUGGCUGACAUGUUAACAGACCAUUUAAAAAAUAAGUAUGACUGGGUGUUCUGGUCGGUCCGUGUCUUUAACUCUCCCAAAGGUUUGUUCACCAACAAGAAAGACUUCCAGGGUUUGACGGGAAAGAGUCGGUUUCAGGUGAUGGCGUCGGAUGAGAAGUUAAAUGUUGUGAUUUCCUACAGUGCCUCACCUGAACCCGUUGAUAAAGAUCGGAUACAGACUUUUGUGUCUGAACAGAAGAAGCCUGAGAUGACGGCGAUGGCUGAACAGCUUUUUGAGAUAAUCCCUCAUUGUGUGGUGCAUACAGUCAAGACCUCGUGUAAAGAUUUGGGCUUCUCCUGCAGCUUCUCUGAUGAACUACAUUACAAUGAUGAGUUCAAGAACUUUUAUGUCUUUCUUCAUUCUGCUUAAAACAAGCCUAAAACAGUAAUGCCAUACAACAGCUAAACAGAUGUUAAAGAAUGACUUUGCAACAUUAUAUUUUUGUAAACCACAAUUAGAGUACAAAACCAUUCUGUGGUUAUGAUGUAAGGGCCAAAACAUAUGUUAGUGACAUCUGAGAGUUUUUUUGUACCACUAUUUUUGAAGUGAGGGACAAACAAAGAGAUCAAUAUAAUACUAAAAUCUGUCUAUCUAUCUUUCUACCUAUCUAUCUAUCUAUCUAUCUAUCUAUCUAUUGUCUUCUUUCAAAGCACAAGUAUAAUCAUACAUACAUCAUGUUGUGCCUUUAAUAUUUUCCAGAAGCCAAGACUAGAGAUUGUUGACAUGAUCACCUGCACAUUGUCCCGAAUAUAUAGUAUUUUCUCGCAGCUCUAAAAGAUCUGCUUCCACACUGUGGCAAACUAGCCUGUUGCCUGAAGACUCGUCUACUUUUAUUCUUUGGUGUAAUAAAUAAAAAAAUCACAUUCCCUCUA